AUGUCGCCGCAAGCGCUGGAGGACCUCCGAUCUCGAAUGCAAACACAGCUCUUGCGCGGACAAGAGCCACGUCCUUUCCAGCUCCGGCUCGCACAAGCACAAGAGGAAGGUCAGGAUGCUAUCUGCCAGGCUGCUACGGGGCAAGGGAGGACGGUGGUGGCGAGCGCACCUUAUGUCUUAGAGAAGAAUGCAGAUCGAACGACGUUGGUCAUUUCGCCGCUGAUAGCGCUGCAAAAUGAGAUGGUCCGCACCUUUCAAAACGAGCAUGGAGUAACCGCGGCCGCCCUCAACUCGUCGGUCGACGAAGACAGCCAGCUUCAGAUGAAGCGCAUUGUUCGUGGCGAUUUUCGCAUAGUCCUGCUCUCACCCGAGAUGCUCUGGUCGCAACAGUUUUUCAACAAGGUCUUGCGCAACCCAAAGUUCGCUCGCAAAAUCUAUUCUGUAGUCGUUGACGAAGCGCACUGCGUGUCUUUCUGGGGUGCCGACUUUCGGAAGGAAUAUGGACGUAUAGGCGCUAUCCGUGCAUUCCUCUCGCGCGAUGUACCCAUCAUCGCUGUCUCGGCUACGUGGACACGACGGGUCAGACGAAACGUUGUCGACACCUUGCAAUUGAACCGGAGUACCGCUCGGCCGUACUUGUGGCUCAAUGCCGGCAAUGACCGCCCCAACGUCGCCUACAUCAUGCGUCCCCUACACCAUACCCUUGACUCGUACCAUGACCUCGACUUCGUCAUUCCUCCUUCCGCCAACAAACUGGACGACAUCCCGAAAACCUGGAUUUACGCAGACAACAUCAAUACUGGCUACAAGAUCGUACAGCACCUGCGCAAGCUCGCUCCAGCGCACCUUCGUGACAGCAUCCGCAGCUUCAAUGCUGUCCUUACGACGGAGUAUCGAGAGCGAGCCCUCGAGGCCUUUCGUGACGGCACGGUGCGUAUUCUCGUGUGUACAGAUGCAGCGGGAAUGGGGUGUAAUAUACCCGACAUCGAAUAUGUCAUCCAAUACAAGCUACCGGCGAGUUCCUCGACGCUCAAGCAGCGAUUAGGACGGGCUGGACGAGCAUUGCCGGCCGCUUUUGGUAUAUUGCUUGUCGAGAAGUCGGCAUACGACAAGGUCAUCGCCAUACGAGCAGACACCGAUGUGCUGGCGUCAGGAUCGCCUCAAGUGCCGAAGCUGUCCGGAGACGACCUCAAGGAGUACGCCGGCGCUCACGGUGUCCAUCGCGGCAGCGAGAGCGGCUGUACCGACGGCUUACCGCCGUCGACAUGGAGACAGCUGCCGAUUGCGGAAGACGACACGACAGAGGGCCUGUACCAUCUGGUGCAGACUACAGAUUGCAGGCGCAAGAUCCUGAAGACUGUCUUCGAGAACGACAGGCCAGACGACAAGGGUACUGGGCCGUGCUGCGACAUCUGUAGUCCAUGGCUCCUCGACCGCGCGCGUCCGAGGAAGGAGUCAGACGGAGGGGAACUUGAUGUUCGCCUGGGUUACGAGAAGGAGAUUUCGCGAGAGUGGUGGAACAUGUUAGAUGACUGGAGAGAGGAGAAGGCGAGGACCGAUCCCGUGUAUGGCGCGAUGGGGGCUAGCUGCUUGCUGUCCAAGGACGUUAUAGACAAGAUCGCGCGCCUGAAGCGCCACACCGGCAAGUUGCGAGAGUUCGUGCAGAAGGUGCUCCGAUCCGACUGGCCUUUCUGGGACGCUCUAGGGCAGGAGCUACUUGAGUACACCCUCACAUGCGCCUCUCGUCUCGACAACCCAACCAUUUUGUCCACCAAUGCUGCACAAGUACCGCCCUCAUCAGCACGACCAGCCAAACGAGCCGCUACGACCCAACGGAAACCGAAAAAAGCGAAGACCCAGCCGCCUCCUACGGAAAUCUCGGGACCCGAGCGGCCAGUCUCUCGCCCUCCUUCUCCUUUGUACGGCGAGAAUGUGCCUUCCUCAACAAACCCCCCCAGCGCGGCGUCCCCCUUGGUCAGAGGGCCCUCCACGAUUCCGCGGGGGAGGGAAGGCGGACGCUCCCCUCUUGCUGCGCUCAAGCAGAACGCAUCGUCAAAAGCGUCCGGUACCGCUCCACGAACAUCGGCAAAGCGUCCUCCGGCUCGGGGCGCGAUACAGCCCCGAAAACGUCGCAAGACUGGCGAUCAGGAGCCUGCCGCCGGUGCAGCAGGGCCAUCUCGACAACCUCACCUAGUGGAUCAUGUACCAUUGCCACCGUCUUCCUCACUGCACGAUCGCGUCCAUCCAAUUGCUCAAGAUCACGGCCCCGUGCAUAUCUCGCAACCUCCCUUUGCUCAGUCAUGGGCCUUCGGCACUGCUAGGCCGCAGGACCGACGGCAUAUCGACCAGUCAUAUGCACAUCUCACACAUUCACUCUGCAGUGGGCCCGCAACGACAAGUUCUACCCCGCAGACCCCUACUCCCAUCUCAGCACGGAACGGGUUCGGUGCAGCGAGCCAGUUCGGACGCGAAGCGUACGCACAAGGCGCUGCGCCGUCGUACCCCUGCACGCCCCUCCCACCACCGCGCCAGCAUCUCGGCGCAGCCGUCCAUACGCCUGGGAUAGCCGCCACCCAUCUUAUGGCUUAUCCCCGCGCACAUCAUCCCCCGACGACCUUCCUGCACACACCAUUAGAAUCACGGUCGCCACACGUACGACCGCUGAGCGUCUCGCAGGCUAGUCGCCCUCCCUCGUCCAUUCCCAACACGCCGCUCUCAGUCCAUCCCACGAAUCAUCCCCUCAUCGCGGCGUCGUCGGCUGCGACACCGAGACCGCUACAUACCCCCAACAGGGUCGCACAAAUCAUGCCAAAGCCCGGGAGCGUAAUCCAGCCCGACAGCAUGCAACUUGCCAAUCAAUGUGCGCUUCGCGAGUUGGGUGGGCAGAAUUGCUUCGUCGGCAAGGCCUUAUCCCCCGCUAUACUUUGCUACAGCAUCAGCACCGACGGAAAUAUGCAGAUCCACAAAAUCAUCCGCCGCGCGAGCGUCCUUUGCUUGUGCGAGGGCUGAACUCUCCACUACGGUACCGUCCCCCAUUCGUUUUCAUGGCUUUUGGCUGUCGCUGCUUUUGUAUAUCCAUCUCGAAACAGUACUGCAUGAAUAUACCAACUGCUCUUUACCGAUUUCUUUACCAUUCUCUCCCUCGACGAGCUGGCUAAUACGGAGUACACGCUUGC